AUGGGAAUGUGGGAGGAAGCGAGUGACCCAGUGAUGGGGAAGAAGGAUAAAAAUGAGGAGCGGAAGGAGAGAAUCCUGAAUCUCACACUGGAGAUUAUCUAUCUGCUGACUGGAGAGGGCUACGUCAUCCCUAAGAAGAAGAGCCCAACUGUGGGUUUGGGGGCCCUGCAUGCCCCUGGCUCCGUCAUACAGAAGGAAAAUGACAAGAAGAUCCUGGAACUCAUCUCCAACAUCAUCCAGCUGCUGACUGGAGAGGUUGCCAUAAGGUGUGAGGAUGUUUCCAUCUAUUUUUCCUUGGAGGAGUGGGAGUAUAUAAAAGGAAACAAGGCCCUUUACAGGGAAGGGAUAAAGGAGGAGGAGGAGGAGCCCCAGCAGCUCCGCCCACUGGCCUGUGAGUAUAAAGAUGGGAGCGAUGUUACAGCACAUACGGAAGCAACUUUAUGUUGUAAUAAUGAUGGGAAUCUCACAAACCCUGAUGUUUCUCCAGCGGAACAGCUCCCACCGGCCAAUGGGAUUAAAGAGGAACCGGCUUCAUGGGAAGGGGGAAACCAAUCAGAUUGCAGCAUUAAUCCCCUUACAGAACAGAUACAGGGAACAGACACACCUACUCCUAUCAUGGGGAGCAGCCUGAAUAACAGCUCGGCAGAGGAUUAUAUAUCACAUACGAUUAAGGAAGAAGCAUGUUUAUGUGAAGGGAGAAAACAUUCAGACUGCAGCAUUAAUCUUAUUACUCCUAUCAUGGGGUGCAGUCUGAAUAACAUCUUGUCAGAGGAUUAUAUAUCAACUGAUAUUAAAGAGGAGGCAGCUUCAUGGCAAGGUGGAAACCAAUCAGAUUGCAGCAUUAAUCCCCUUACAGAACAGAUACAGGGAACAGACACACCUACUCCUAUCAUGGGGUGCAGCCUGAACAUCUUAAAAAUGGAGGGUAAUAAAUAUGAUGAAAAUUCCCUCGAAUCUCCACAUAAAUCUCACACAACAAAAAAUACAUUAUAUAGGAAAUACAGCAGCAAUGAGUGUCAGAAACACUUUACUGAUAAGAGACACUUUGAUCAACAUUGUAGAACCCACAAAAGUAAAAAACCCUUUUCUUCUUCUGAUUGUGGAAAAUAUUUUUCAAUUCGAUCCAACCUUAAACGCCAUCAAGUAACUCACACAGGGGAGAAACCAUUUUCAUGUUCUAGUUGUGGGAAAUGUUUUUUAAGCCAAUCCCACCUUGCUCGUCAUCAAAGGACUCACACAGGGGAGAAACCAUUCUCUUGUUCUGAAUGUGAGAAAUGUUUUGCAAACAAAUCUGACCUUAAACGCCAUCAAAUAACCCACACAGGAGAGAAACCUUUUUCUUGUUCUGAAUGUGGGAAAUGCUUUGUAAAUGAAUCUAACCUUGAUCGUCAUAAAAUAUCCCACACAGGGAAGAAACCAUUUUCUUGUUCUGAAUGUGGGAAAUGUUUUUCUAUUGAAUAUCACCGUGAUUCCCAUCAGAAAAUUCACACAGGAGAGAAACCAUUUUUUUGUUCUGAAUGUGGCAAAUGUUUUACAAAUCGUUCUAACCUUGCUCGUCAUCAAAGGACUCACACAGGGGAGAAACCAUUCUCUUGUUCUGAAUGUGGGAAAUGUUUUUUAAACCAUUCACACCUUGCUCGUCAUGAAAGGACUCACACGGGGGAGAAACCAUUCUCUUGUUCUGAAUGUGGGAAAUGUUUUGCUAACCAAUCUGACCUAAAACGCCAUCAACUAACCCACACAGGAAAGAAAUCUUUUUCUUGUUCUGAAUGUGGGAAAUGUUUUGCAGAUGAAUCUCACCUUGAUUUUCAUAAAAUAACCCACACAGGGGAGAAACCUUUUUCUUGUUCUGAAUGUGGGAAAUGUUUUUCAAAGCGAUCUGACCUUGCUCGUCAUGAAAGGACUCACACAGGGGAAAAACCAUUCUCUUGUUCUGAAUGUGGGAAAUGUUUUUCAAACAAAUCUGACCUAAAACGCCAUCAAAUAACCCACACAGGAGAGAAACCUUUUUCUUGUUCUGAAUGUGGGAAAUGUUUUUCAAAGCAAUCUAACCUUGCUUGUCAUCAAAGAACUCAUACAGGGGACAAACCAUUCUCUUGUUCUGAAUGUGGGAAAUGUUUUUGUAAUGAAUUUCGCCGUGAUCGUCAUCAGAGAAUUCACACAGGAGUGAAACCUUUUCCUUGUUCUGAAUGUGGGAAAUGUUUUUCAAAGCAAUCUAACCUUGCUUGUCAUCAAAGAACUCACACAGGAGAGAAACCUUUUUCUUGUUCUGAAUGUGGGAAAUGUUUUUCAAAGCAAUCCCACCUUAUUUGUCAUCAAAGGACUCACACAGGGGAGAAACCAUUCUCCUGUUCUGAAUGUGGGAAAUGUUUUUCUAACGAAUAUCACCGUGAUCGUCAUCAGAGAAUUCACACAGGAGAGAAACCUUUUUCUUGUUCUCAAUGUGGGAAAUGUUUUACAAAUCGGUCUAACCUUGAUCGUCAUCGAAGAACUCACACAGGGGAGAAACCAUUUUCUGAAUGAGGGAAAUGAUUUGUAUUGAACAGUAGUCUAAAAAUACUCUUUCACACAUGAGAGAAACUGUAAACUUGUUUUACAAAUGAGGCAUCAGGCAAAUAUUUAUGUCCACCAUAAAAUGUUUCUUUAAGAGAACCCUUAGACCAGGGGGCCCCAACCUUUCUUACUCAUGAGCCACAGUCAAAUGUAAAAAGAUUUGGAGAGCAACACAAGCUCCAUAUCAGUUCAUCGAGAAGCCAAGUAAGGGCUAAUAUUGGCUAUUAGGCAGCCUCUAUGCACCCUAUCAGCUUACAGGGGGGCUUUAUUUGGUAGUAAAUCUUAUUUGUCACUGCCUUAGACCAACACUUUGCAGUCACCUGAUGGACACUGGGUAAUGCUGAGACUGGGGGGGCAACAACGCAGAAUGCACCAUAAGUACCUUCCCCCGGCACUGGCUCUGCAUUGGGAACUGAGGAGCCCUCUGGGAUAUAUCUCCCCCUCCCCCCAACAGAUAAUAUU